UUUGCGGCCUACCUCGGCCGGGCCUGAUUUUUUCCUCUUUCUUUCUCCAGAGAACGCCGCUGUCUUUAAACCGCCGCCCCGCCGCGCGAUCCUUGGGACACCGCGAUGCCCAGGGAAGACCGAGCCACGUGGAAGUCCAACUACUUCCUCAAGAUCAUCCAACUCCUGGAUGAUUAUCCCAAAUGUUUCAUUGUGGGAGCGGACAAUGUCGGCUCCAAGCAGAUGCAGCAAAUCCGGAUGUCCCUGCGUGGGAAGGCCGUGGUCCUCAUGGGGAAGAAUACCAUGAUGCGGAAGGCCAUCCGAGGCCAUCUGGAAAACAACCCUGCUCUGGAAAAGCUGCUGCCUCACAUCCGUGGGAACGUGGGCUUCGUGUUCACUAAGGAGGAUCUGACCGAAAUCAGGGAUAUGCUGUUGGCCAACAAGGUGCCAGCUGCUGCCCGGGCUGGAGCGAUUGCCCCCUGUGAUGUCCUUGUGCCAGCUCAAAACACCGGCCUGGGUCCUGAAAAGACCUCCUUUUUCCAAGCUUUGGGCAUCACCACCAAAAUCUCCAGAGGCACCAUUGAAAUCUUGAGCGACGUGCAGCUGAUUAAAACCGGAGACAAAGUGGGCGCCAGUGAAGCUACUCUGCUGAACAUGUUGAAUAUCUCGCCCUUCUCCUUUGGGCUCAUCAUCCAGCAAGUGUUCGAUAACGGCAGCAUUUACAACCCGGAGGUUCUGGAUAUCACUGAGGAAACUUUGCACAAGCGCUUUCUGGAAGGCGUCCGUAACGUAGCCAGCGUUUGCCUGCAGAUCGGCUACCCUACUGUGGCCUCCCUGCCCCAUUCCAUCAUCAAUGGGUACAAGCGAGUCCUGGCUGUGGCCGUGGAGACAAACUACUCUUUCCCAUUAGCUGAAAAGGUGAAGGCCUUCCUGGCUGACCCAUCAGCUUUUGCUGCUGCUGCCCCGGCAGUGACCGAAGCAGCCAUUCCUGCUGCAGCAGCGCCAGCCAAAGAAGAAGUCAAGGAAGAAUCCGAAGAGUCUGAUGAAGACAUGGGCUUUGGGCUUUUUGACUAACCACCCUGUCCUCGGCCGAGUAGAGUGAAAUUCAAAAGAAAUAAAGAAAUAAAAAGCAUACUCCUUUUACCACA